CCUGCCGCCUGCGGAGGGAAGGGGCCGCUCCGGAGCCUGUCUGCAGCCCUGCGUCUGGUGGGGGACCCUCCCCGGGCGCUCCUCGCCUCUCGCCGGCCUGGGCGGCUGCUGCCGCAGCCCGGUCGGGGCUGGCUCCUGCGGCGGGGUUCCACCAUGUGCUCCGUGGAGAUUAGGAUGCACCGAUCACAGCUCAGCCCCAGGAUGCUAGUAUAGUGCUGGGCUGCUGAUGCGCAGAGCACCUACUGUGGGAUAUCGCUCCAGCAGGGCCAUCCUUGGCCUGCCCUCCAUCUCUCCCAGCAGAGCCAAUGGACGCCCACGUGGAUCUCCUGACAGAACUCCAGCUGUUGGAUAAGGUGCCCACGUUGGAGCGGCUGCGGACAGCUCAGAAGCGCAGGGCUCAGCAGCUGAAGAAGUGGGCGCAGUACGAGAAGGAGAUGCAGCACAAGAAGCGGAAGCAUGAGAAGAGGAGGAGCGCUGUCAGCCGCAAGAAGGUGUCUUUUGAGGCCAGCGUUGCUUUGCUGGAGGCAUCGCUGAGGAAUGAUGUGGAGGAAGUGUGUUUCUUACUGAAGAACAAUAUCAGCCCGGACCUGUGCAAUGAAGAUGGACUCACUGCACUGCAUCAGUGCUGCAUAGACAACUUCGAAGAGAUAGUCAAGCUUCUCCUCAACCACGGGGCUAAUGUCAAUGCAAAGGACAAUGAGCUGUGGACUCCACUGCAUGCAGCAGCUACCUGUGGUCACAUCAACCUGGUGAAGAUUCUAAUUCAGCAUGGGGCAGACCUGCUGGCAGUAAAUGCAGAUGGAAACAUGCCAUAUGAUCUCUGUGAAGAUGAGCAGACCCUCGAUGUCAUUGAGACCUGCAUGGCAUACCAGGGCAUCACACAGGAAAAAAUCAAUGAGAUGCGGGCUGCUCCGGAGCAGGCCAUGAUCUCUGACAUCCGAGGUCUAAUUGCAGCAGGACAAGACCUGAACCGGACAGAUAUUCAAGGUGCUACAUUGCUGCACAUAGCUGGGGCUAAUGGCUACCUGCAUGCAGCUGAGAUGCUUCUAGACCAUGGAGCACGGCUAGACAUCCAGGACUGGGAUGGCUGGGAACCUCUCCAUGCUGCUGCCUUCUGGGGACAGAUGCAGAUGGCAGAGUUGCUGGUGUCCCAUGGGGCCAGCCUGAGUGCCAGGACGGCCUUUGAUGAGAUGCCAAUAGACUUGUGUGAAGAAGAGGAGUUCAAAGUGUUACUGCUGGAGCUGAAACAUAAGCAUGAUGUGAUCAUGAAAUCCCAGAUGAGGCACAAGUCCUCCCUCAGCAGGAGGACCUCCAGCACGGGAAGCCGAGGGAAGGUGGUGAGGAGGGCGAGUCUUUCGGACCGAACCAACCUUUACAGGAAGGAGUAUGAGAAGGAGGCCAUUGUCUGGCAGCAAAUGGGAGCAACGGAAGAACAGAGAAACUCAGGCUAUGCUGGAGAAAUCAUGGAGGCUCGAUCUGACCAAGAGAACACAGAUCCAAAUUCAGUGCUGGAGAAGUCUAUGCUCCUUCCUGAGUUAGCUACCAAAAGCACACAGAGUGACCCUGAAUCCUCCCUCCAGAAUGGACUCAGGGCAUCGGCCAGCACUUACCAGUACUCGGUUUCCAACGGGGACGUCUGGAAAAUGCACACAGCUCCAGACUGUAAUGCAAGUCAAGCCCUGCCCUAUAGCAGCCCCGGUGUCCCCGACUCUCAGCAAAUCUGGGGUGGCUACAAGGAUCGCAGCCAUCAAACACUUUCUGAACUGAAGCGGCAGCGGGCUGCAGCUAAGCUGCUUAACCACCCCUUCCUCAGCACCCACUUUGGCACCAGUGUGAGUGGGGUAGUUGAGAAUGGGGGCGAGGCCAAGGAGCACCUGAUUGAUUCCAGGACUUCUCCCUACAGUUCCAAUGGGACAUCGGUUUAUUACACAGCAUCCAGUGGCGAUCCCCCUCUCUUGAAAUUCAAAGCUCCCAUGGAUGAAAUGGAGGAGAAAGUGCAUGGGUGCUGCAGGAUUUCCUAGUGUCCUCCAUGUCUCACCUCAGAGGAGACUAAAAGUGGAUGGCCAGGUUAGCUUUAUUACGGAGGAUGGGCUGUUUCCAUCCCCACAUGGGGAGAACUCAGUUUAGUUACAUAGGACUUGAUGGGGCCAGCCUCAUUCAUCUUGAAUAGUACCUUACCAGUACCCCUAGUAACCCCACUGCAAUCAAAUGAGUAAGGCGGCAGAGUGAGGCCCAUAGUGGAGAAAUGAAGUACACAUCUUUGCGUGCAGUAAAAAGAAGCUACCCCACUCUUCCUCAUGGCAGUGUUAUGAAAGGGACAGUGGGGGGCUCUCCACUCUAAAUCAUGAAGGGUCCUUGAAAGACAAAACCAUCUGAAUUAGAGUCCUCCCUUUCUGAGCCUCCUGCUGGGAGCCACCCAGCUUCUGGAAUGUGACAUGCUGGGCCCGCCUCUCACUCAUGGAUGUGAUAGGUGUAUCCCCCGAGAAUGAGUGGCCAGCCCCCUGCAUUUGUGCAAACAGCCCAGGGGUUGCAAGUGCAGACUUUGAGUCUUUGGUGUGUUUCAUUUGCUUACACAGAAGUGAAGCUGGGCAUAUCCCCAGUGCAUGCACUUCGGGAAGUUGUGUGAUGCCUGCAUUGCGUGAUGCCUGACAGCCCACUAUCAAAAGCUGCAAACCAGUUUGUGGCCUACUCUAAUUGAAAGCAGAGGCUGUGCAGUGCCUUCAGGUUUGAAGCAGAACUCCUGAUGGAAAUCCGGUAGAAUAAACUCUGGCAAUCAAAUGCUGACUGAAAGGGUCAAUAAUGGGAUAGAAACAAAUUACUUGUAUUACUAAGACCCUUAGAUUAGUGAAAUCCAUUCAGUUUUAACAAUCUCACCUUCCCUGUUGGUGCUGCGUUUUACUCUCUAUGCUUCACUCAGCUUAAAAACUAGAAUGGUCUCUGUUGCUUUCUGUCUCUCCUGCACUAGCAGAGUGCUAUUGUAUUUGGGUUUCCAGAACUGCAGGGCUCUGUUUAAAUUGGGAAGGAAGGGGAAAGAAAUACCUGCUUCCAGUAAAAAUGGCAUGGAAACAUUUCCAGCCACACUAGGUUUUGACACUCUUGUGUGUGAACCUGUGUUCUUGGGGCUAAGCUGCUCGAGCAUCUAAAUAUGUAAAUGCUAAGUUGUUGCUUUUGGUUGUUGAGCAUCACAGUAGGAUGGAAACUUUUAAACAUUUUUUCCCAGCAUUCCAGUAUUUUUUCAGACCCUAUGCUGGGGUCACCAGCAGCAGUACAGUAGCUGCCAGCAAAAGGCUCAGAAAUAGUUAUCUUGUGUGAGAAAGUGGCUUCUUUCACUGAGCAAAAGCCAGCAUGCAGGGGUGAAGUUUGGAGUGGUCUAGUGAAGUGCUGUUGGAUAGGAAGCCAGCACCAGUGUUUUGGGGUAGCGUGUGUUAACUAUGUGCCAGGCUGCAUUUGUGGAAUCUGUGGCAUGGUAUAACAAGGGGUGUGCAAUUGGCAGGCCAGUUUCUGCAGUUGCCCUUCAGGGAGCAGAACCCUCACCUGAAUGGUAGCAGCAAGGAGACAGCACCUAUCCGCAGAGCAUCAGCUCUAGGGAAGUGGACAUGAAAGUUAAGAAUAAACAGGCAAAAUAUUUUAAAAAUGGUUUAAAUUGCAUCUGCAAAAUAUUUGUCUGCACAAAGGGGCCAUUGCACACAGUCUGGUCUGUGGAUUUUGUCUUGUAGGUGCAGCUUAGGCCCCAGACUUAAAAAACACAGUAUUGUUUGGGUUCCUGACGCCACCCUGAGCCAUCACUGGGUAGACGCCUGCUCACAGCACUGUGUCUGUGCUCCAGCUAAGCAUAUGCCGUAGAUCACGCAACUUCCAUGCAUCUUCCUCUCUUUCCAGCUGCUGUUUGAGAGCAAUACUGUAUUCCCUUCUGGUAAGGGACUUUAAAUGUACCUUUCUCUUCUCUGACUCAUCCCCCCCAUCCUUUCAACCAUUUAUGGCUUGGAAAACAGGAGACACCGGCCUAAAGAUGAGGCGGCCUGUUAGUGAAGCCAUCCCACAACUAGAAACAUUGUUCCAUCUCUACAAGGAAGACUAGCAGUGUGUUAGUGAGACAUGUGUGGUGUUAUAAUGAACAGGGGCUUUUUGACAGUGGUGGGACCCAGAGUUGCACUAUCCUUAUAUGGGGGAAAGGAAGCAAGAGCUGAAGGGGUACAAGCCGCAUAUCAGGUUGUCUGGAGGGCUCACGCACUCCUUGCUUUGUUUACUUGAGUUGAAUUUGAUGUAGCACUUUUUUGAAUGGAGCCUGUGUCUGCAGUGCCAUAUCCAGGGAUUUGGACCCAUCUCGCCCUCUGCUGGAGAAGGCAGGACAUUGCACAUUAUAGUAUCUGCCCCCCAGGCAGGGGAGAUGAGCCUCUGUUACAAGGAAGAUGUCAGGGUGUAUCGGCAGGUCUUAGAGCUUCCUCUCAGGCUGACGCGUAAGUCUUUUGGACUCUGACAGUCCACUUAUCCUUUCUUUCCAUUUUCUCCCUAAAUGAAGAGAAUUUUGGCAUAGGGAGGGGAUAGAAAGUCAGGUCAGAUUUCAGAAGAUCUGUUACAGCAAAGGCAUCGUUUCCUAAUGUAUUUAAUAACGUACCCUCCGCAUUAUCCCUUGCCUGACACUCCUGCCCCAUUUUCAAGGGGCCAACCUGCUAUUCCUGUUCCAUUUCCUGAUGCCCUGCCUGCCUUGGAACUCUACUGCUGCAUUGUUUGAACUUGUAUGAUAAAACAAACAAACAAACCACCCUCUAAGGUUAUUGGGCCAUCAGGGAGCUUAGCUCCUAUUCUCCCAACUUAAAGAAGUUGAGCAGAUAAUUGAAGAGUCCCGUGCAGCAGAGGUGACUGUGUUGGGGGGUGUAUGUAGGUCUGGUGGUGUCAUAUGAUUACCCAGAGUUCCAGGGAAUGGAACAUCCCAGAAAACUUGAUGCGGUCUUAGCAACUGUAGCCUCGAUAUCAUGGAAUGAAGGCGUUCCCCUUUUACCAGCUCUUGAAUGUCCUUUUCCCGUUUACCUGGGAGAAAGACGUUACUCCCCUCACCCCCACUGGAAUGAGAAUUGCUGGAGCAGAAUUAGCCUGGUGUUGCUGCACAUCAUUUGCAGCCAGUGCUAAACUUUGAACAGUUGUUAGCUGUAUUCCCAGUGAUAGAUGAUAUCAGGUCAUGGCCUGUUCCUUCUCACUCACACCAGCCGUAAAUCAGAAGUGACUCCAAUGAAGGCAGAUUACAACGGUGAAAGUGAGAGGAGUAUUGGGCUUUACAUCUCAUUCCAGCAAAUAGAAAGCAGACACUUGAAUGCAAUGGAAUUAUAUAGUUUGGGGCUUGCUUUCAUUGACAGUGGUUACUACACUAAAGCAAUGUGAACCCAGCGUAAUUUAGACAAAUAGCUCUGAUGCAUCAAUAUGACAUCUCUGAUUAACGUAAUCUCCAGGAUUUCAUUAUUCCAGCUAAUGCUGUGAUGUCUAACUAAGCAACAAUGGCUUUACUAUCCAGGGGUGUAGAAGGGAAGAGAUGCUACAUGCUCUAGGUUGCACGAAUAUUCCCCUAAUUGGACUGCUGUAACAUUGUAACCAUAAACUUGGCCUUAGAGCUGCUUAAUGUGGCUGUUAUGGCUCUGGGGCUGUAAAUAUGACCUUGGUGAUAACUUGUAAUUUAUCUCCAAUUUAUCUCAGAGCGGAGAAGAGACAGAAACUAGUGAAUGCUCCAGGAGCUGCACCAGGGCAGUGAUGAGCUUUAUCUACCAUUGGUGUGUGUAGGGAUUUGGGAAUGGAAUAGUCCCUCUAGGGUCCUUUCCAUGGCUACUUAAGGAUGUGAAUCAAUUUGACAGCUUGGGAUAAGUUUUCAAACAAGGGCAUAAGGGACUUGCUGGCUGGAAUGCCUAGAUGGCCAUGGGACACCAGCAGGGAUACAUGGGCAGGGCGUAGACAACUUAAACAUGUGUGCGAAGUGGUGAUAGUAAGCACCGAAUGGAUAAUUCUGAGCACAGAAUGGGGACUUAAUCCACCAGCAGGUAUUUAUUUGGUAGAUGCAAAUGCAGGUUUUCAUGGGUAGGAUAGGUGCACAGGCACUUCUGUAGACCUAUUGCAAGUGCCCUCCUUUAAGAAUAUAGUCCUUAUUCAUUUAUAAAAAGCACUAUAGCUAUAGCAAUUAUGCUAAAGCCUGUAAUAUCUAGCACUUGGGGGGCCAUUCCAGUAGGAUGCUUUGAUUAUUUUGUGGCUUACAAUAACAGACACUCAGCUACUUCACUGGAGAUUUUAGUGCCACUAAAAAGGUUGCUGAGAAUAGAAACCAUCUCAGGAUUUGCAUGUCUAGCACUUAGGUUAGCAGAAAAUUUUUCUUCUCUUUUAGUGCUCUGUUCUUGGCCAAACCAUUCAAGCUCUGUUUCCCCUAAAGCCUACACAGCUGUCUGGCCCUGCCUCUUUGGUACAAUCCUCUCCUUCAUGCAUGUUCCCCUGUAGGCAAGGGCAGCCUGGCUCUGUUAAAAUCUGAGUAACAGUGGGGAAGCCGGUCAGACUCUAGCUUUCUUAGACAUGAGCCCAGGGUGUAAAUUUCAGAUCCAUCUUUCCCCGAACUUUUGAGGAGGUUGAAUCCAGUCACCAUCCCUGUUAUUAGUCACCACAGCCGGAGUGCUGUGUAUGGGCACAACCUUACUGCAUGCAAGCCUUCAUGAUAGACUGGGGCCCUAGUGCUGCUAGCAAACUAAUGUGGAGUUGGAGGGAGCUUCAUCUGCCAUGCUGAAGGACCUUCUUCAGAUGCAUAAUAGUGCCUGGGAGCAGUCUUUGCCAGCUCUUGAUCCAGCCAAGCAAUACGCAUAGCAAUAGACUAUUAAUUAUUAGAGAUGGGCUUGAACUAUAAAGUUUGGUUCUCAUUUCAGACCUAGAUCCAGACUUUCCCCUUCAAGAUGUUGAACUUUCGUGUCCCAGUUGAGCUCUUAGAGCAAGGCCUCAGUUCGGACCUAGAUCUGAAUUCCUUUGAGUCCAGUAUUCUAGCUUGGGCUCUGAUGAGAUGUUACACAGGGCAGAGAAUCCCCUGUGUUAGGGAAGGAAGGGGAUGAUGGUCACAGGGAGGGUUCGGGUAUAUAGCAAUGAGACAGGGCAAUACCCAGUGGGUAUGAUGAAUUCUGUUAAUGCAAAGUGGCUUUUGGCUGAUAAGUUUGUAGGUAGAUGUGAGCAUUUAUAAUCCCCUAAAUUGCAUUGAGCCUCAUUCUUAGCACACUUCAGCUUGAUGUUGGGCAUCUGUUCCCACAGCCUUCUGUGUUGAAACACUAUCAGCCAUAUACUGAAAUAGGACUACUCCAGCACGGGAAGCACUAGAACUAUUCUUUAGCAGAUCUCAGUGGCUUAAUUGGUGUCAGCCUGCCUCGAGGUGCUCUCUCGGUCUAUAGGUAUAUCUAUGUAUUACCAUGCUGGCGACAAAACAGCUCAGAGCACGUGGCUACUACAAUGCGGUGACUCUGUAAAGCUGGCUUCAAUUGUUUUGACAAAAUGGCUUUUCAAAGAAAAUCUUUUUUUUUUUUGUUUUUUUUCAAAAUUUCACUUCCUAUGAAAUUUUUCAAUUUGAAUUGUAGAUUUUUGUUUUGCUUCUUUUGUUCCCCCAUCUCUCUUCUCUGCUUUUCCAGUGAGAGGAGAGGGAAUCUUCCCUCCCACCCAGCCCAAAAAUUGUAUUUGAAUUGAAAUAAAACAGAUUUUCAGCAGUCCUGUGAUACCUGGAAUAAAAGCAUAAUGAGUUCUAGUUUUGUUAGUUUGGGGCUACGGUCUAACCUUAGAUGUACAGCAUCGUGAGUGGUUGGUUUAGGUUAGCUGGGACGGAGCAGGAAGGAUGGAAGGUUAUACUCAGGCCUGGCAUAUACCUGAGUUUCAUCUCCGGCUCUUGUCCACUGGCCAUGACUUGAUUCCAAUAUCAAAUCUGGUGCCAGCAUUAAAAUCUUUAUUCUUUCUCUAGCUUUGAUGUCCUGGUGCAAGCAUUAUGAGCACUAAAUGUUCUUCCUAAAGUGUGAUCUUACUAGUAACUGGCUGAUUUAUAAAUUAAAACUUGUGUAAGGUGAAAACUCCAGGUUAGCUUUGGUUUUCUCGGGUCAUAUGAGUACACAAUGAAAUCCAAGUCCUUGUGUAUUUUAACAGAUGAUGUUGGCACAUCAUGUUCUCUCCACAAAAGAUAUUAUAUUGUUGUACAGUAAGUGCCCAAACACAAUGGUAGUAUUACAAGCUGUAGUCCAUUACUACAGGACACUGUAAUUUUUCUAAGGCUGUAGAAUGGGGUUUGGAGUUACUGAGCAGUUUCCAGGCCUGAUCCUGCUGUCUUCAUGCAGGUAAAGCUGCCAAUGUACAAUUGCCUACACACAAAGAGUAUGAUUGGAUUCUUCACGGGUGCAUCUGCUACUGCAAACUUACAGCUUGUAAUUCUCCUCUUUGCAGUUCUAUUGGUGGUAGCAAUGGUGGAGGGUCUAGAAAGAAGAGUCAGGCAUUUUAGUUAUCAAUCCCGUGCCUGAGCCCCGUUUAUGCUUCAGCCUAUACCUGAGCCAGUGGAGAACAAGUUUUCAAAUAGCCAAUGUGGAUGCACCCUUAGUUGAGCCUUAUCUGACUUCUCAGCAUCCAGACUGCAAUUUUGUUGGUUUUUCCAGGAGAAGGAAGCAGUAAACUAACUUCAAUGGCAUCUGUAGGCCUUGUACAGCUAGGUUCGGCUGCUGCAUAUCCAGGACAUGUCAAAAGGAUGCCCAGCCCUCUGCAAUAACUCAUGACUCCAUUGAGCUGUAGUAAAUGAUGUACAAAUAAAACUUGACAAAAUGUAUUUUAUGUGAAAAAAUAAUGUAAGAGAACUGUAUCUUGUAUUAGCAGCUUUGUGUAUAAAAAUGGCAUUUUGGCAAUCAGAGUAAUAUAUUUAAAACUUUUUAAAAAAGGAUAUUUGAUAUUGUAUGGAAUUAACUUCAUAUUGCUACUGUAAGUAUGAAAAGAUGGUUUUUUAACAUGUUGAAGCAAUGCAUUAAAUAUCGAACUGUAUGUAAAUCUCAUGCCAACAGGAUAUGUAUGACAGUAUUAGCAUCUGACUUCUCAGUGUCUUUAAUAGAAUGAUUGGAUUUUUUAAUUUAAAAAAAUAUAUUAAAUUUCUUUUGAUAAUACGA